AUGAAACCAUUACCACGCCAUAACCAAGUAACAAAGCAAGUUAUUUUUCCAUUUGUUUACGUUCUUGCACCCAAUAAAUCAAAAGCAAUAUAUCAAGGAGUCUUACAAAUACUAUCACAGGCAGAAGGAAUUGUUUACAAUCCAGAGAUAGUAAUAACACUUUACGAACCAGGAUUUUAUAACAGCUUCGCUAAAAUGUUCCCACAAGGAACUGGACUCCAAACCAGAUACAACAAUGAUACAGAAGUUGCCUUGAACCUGAAAAUGCUCAUUGCCCUUGCUUUCGUUCUACCAGAGAAUAUGUAUGACGCCUACACUGAGCUCAUUACUUCACCGGUUUAUCGUGAGAACAAGGCUGAAUUAAAACAGUUUCUCAAGUAUUAUAAAACCACUUGA